UCAAGAAGUACAUUGAACCAACAUGGAAGGGAUUGGAAAAUUGGAAGGCAGAAGAUAGAAGAUAGAAGAUAGAAGAAGGGUAUCACAGAACACAGAAAAGUUUGUCUCUUUGAGUUGAAAGGAUAAGCUAGAAUGCCUAUCAGAUGUAUUUUACAUUGGCAACCCAGCCAAGGAACCAUGGUGAACAGCCAAAUCUUGAAUGAAAUUUCGCAGUGCGUUGAAAGCCUUAACGGCGUCAAAGAAGGAAGAUGCAAAGCCUCCCUCACAUUCUACAGACCUAAUUUGCGAGACCCGUCCACGGCCAUUGAUUUUCCUAGAGAUUUUCUAGGGAUUUCGAUGCUAGAGCAGCCCAACAAAUACUACUUCAUCAUUCGUGGCCAGAAGAUUGUUCUGGAGGCUGAUUAUUCUAUCUUGACUAUCAUGGAGAAACUCCAGUCCUACAAGUCCAAAGUGGCCCUUCAUUUUGAGGGAGCGCUGUAUAAAUUGGGAGACUUUCAGAUUAGAGUGAUUAAAGUCGUUCCCAAUCAAGCAGAAAGUCUCAGAGGAAUUAUGAUUGAGAUUGAGUAUCUCCCUAUUUCGUCAGUUGAAAAAUCCAAGCACAUUAUGGAAGAUUUCAUUGAUUUGUGGAAAGAAGUAGUGUCUAAAAAAUCAUUAGCGGGUCAGUUCGUGCAUACAGAACCAAAUUAUGCAGAAUAUGGACUUUCUGACAAUUAUACUUCUCAGCAUACUGCUGUUCAGUAUGCUGCUGCGUUGGCCCAACUAAUUCAAUCUUCACAGCCACGAAACUAGAACCUUUUAAGGCUUUCCUUUCUUGGUUAUUACAUGAAAGUUGAAAGAUCACUCCUUUUGUGUAUUAUAGUCAUCUAACGCAAAGUAUACAUUCUUCUUCUCCAGGUACCAAGAAUCAGAAUGUGAAAUUUAAUUGACAAAAUCCAUUUUUUUUUCUACUCUGUUUUCAUAGUUAUCUGCAGAACAUAUAAUUUCAACUGGAUGUUGAUUGAAGUUUUACAA